AUGUUAUUAGAUGACCAGCUGAAGUAUUGGGUCCUGUUACCUAUUUCGAUUGUCAUGGUUUUGACGGGUGUACUCAAACAGUACAUCAUGACACUUAUAACGGGAAGCAGUGCAAAUGAAGCACAACCAAGGGUAAAGUUAACUGAAUGGCAAUAUCUACAAUGGGCACAAUUAUUGAUUGGAAACGGUGGGAACCUGUCUUCCGAUGCAUUUGCUGCGAAGAAGGAAUUUCUAGUUAAGGAUCUCACUGAGGAAAGGCACCUAGCCAAGGCCAAGCAGCAGGAUGGUUCGCAAGCUGGAGAGGUUCCUAAUCCCUUCAACGAUCCAAGUAUGUCUAAUGCUAUGAUGAACAUGGCUAAGGGUAAUAUGGCCAGUUUCAUCCCUCAAACUAUUAUUAUGUGGUGGGUGAACCAUUUUUUUGCUGGAUUUAUUCUUAUGCAACUACCUUUCCCUUUGACUGCCAAAUUCAAAGAGAUGUUACAGACCGGUAUUAUCUGUCAGGACCUGGAUGUGAGAUGGGUUAGCUCCAUUUCAUGGUAUUUUAUUUCUGUGCUCGGGCUAAAUCCAGUCUACAACCUGAUUGGGUUAAACGAUCAGGACAUGGGUAUUCAGGCCGGGAUAGGUGGCCCUCAGGGCCCCCAAGGCCCUCCACAAUCACAGGUUGACAAAGCAAUGCAUGCGAUGGCUAACGAUUUGACUAUCAUUCAGCAUGAGACUUGUCUUGAUAACGUUGAGCAAAGGGUUUUGAAACAGUAUAUGUAA